AAUGUUUUCAUUGGCUGAUUGUAGUUUCCAUUCUUAUUGGCUGACUACACGAUGCCGCUUAUCUUUGGAACGGAGUGUUCCGCAGCAAAAUAAACAUUCGUGGGUUUAUUGUUGAUUGCUUCGCGAAAUGUUAUUUCUUAACAGCUCGAGUGCAUUAGGCAGACUAUGCAGCACCAUGGUGCCAUCAGGUUCCCACUUAGUAGGAGCCUCUGCAAAAAGAACGUUUUACCACUGGUUAAAUAAAAUUUGGAAUAAUGUCGAUACGGAACGAAUAAAAGCCGUUGGGCCGGACAGGGCGUGUGCCGAAUGGUUGAUGAAAAAUGGGGCUUCCAUCAAAUGGGCCUCAGAAAAGGACUAUGUAACAGAUUAUAACAAAUUAGCAGCAGCAGGGGAAAAACAAUAUAUUGAAGAAAUCGAUGCAUCACAUUCUAGCAUUAUGGGUUAUGGAUUUCCCUAUUUUGAAGGAUGCAACCACAUUAAAUUUAUAAGACUACACAAAUGUCACAACAUAGAUGACGACGCCUUAGCAUCAUUAGCGAUUUUAAAGCGUUCAUUAAAACAUUUGCAAGUUAGCUCUUGCGGGAACGUUACGGAUAAAGGUAUUACUUCACUUGUGGCUUUGGAAAAUUUGAAUACAUUGAUACUUUUUAAUUUGCCUGGUGUAAAAGAUAAAGAAAAAACUGUUAAUUUUUUGAAGGCUGGACUGAAAUCCUGUAUGAUUGAUUACAAGUAAUACUGAGUAAGACCUGAAUAUGAUAAUAUUGUUAUUGUACCUGCUUUCAGUACUACGGUGAUGUGAACUGGACAGAACUAUGUUACUGAAAUAGAUCAUAUUGUUGGCGGCCAGAAACGAAGUAAUAUAUGUUCACGGUGGUUUUCUUGCAAAACGAUCAGUGUAGGUCUGAUCGCAGCUUAGAAUGAAGGAUCAAAAUUUGUGAUCAUUCUCCACCUCUGUUGUUCAUGAAGUGUAAAAUAUUCAUUUAUAAUAUCUGUAACAGUUACUUACGUUAGUCAAGAGUCAUAGCUACAUUUCCUAGCCGUAAUCUGUUUAUGGGGAAAUAAAGGACAUUGUAUAACACACCAGAUUUACGUAAAUUAUAAUGGCAUUGUUUUGAUAUUGAGUUGUAGUUGUUAUUUAAAAGUCUUUAUAGUACUAUGUGUGUCAUAUCCCAUGUUAACAUCUGUGUUUACAACUUACAGUCAGGUCACUGUCUGAAGGAGGAUGCAGUAUAGAUAUCUCUCAGAAAUCCGUCCGCAGCUUGUGGUCUGGCGGCUAGCUUUGCUGCCUCUGGAUCACGGGGUUCUGGGUGCGAUUCCUGGCUGGGUUGAAGAUUUUCUCUGUCCGGGGACUGGGUGUUUGUGUUGGCCUCAUCACUUCACCAUCAUCAUUCAUGGCAGUGGGUAGAGUGGGAUGUGAAUAAAAUUGGGCUGUGUAAAAGUUGGGACUUUGUAUGAGUACUGAUGACUGCGCAGUUGAGAGCCCCACAAACCAAUCAUCCUCAUCCCACACAAAUCCAUCCAGGUGCAUUUCGAUUGUUUGCUGGAUAACCAAUUGCGUUGAAACAACCAAAGCACUGAAGCAGCAACAGAAAUCUGUACUGCUAUAUAAAGACAAGUUGUUACCAAAAAUUUUGGAGGUACUUGACCAACAAACUUCAAUUUUUUGCAUUAAUGGAGAAACAUUGUUACCAAAGAUCAAGAAAAGUUCUUAAUAGAUUAGCUUCAAAUUUUUGUAAUAAACAUAGAAGUGGAUAUAACCUAUGCAUUGUCGUUUAAAAAAUAUACAGCCUGUUGAAACUGACUGCGAGCAAGAAAAGAUGUGCUGUGCCGUGCGUGAAAAUUUGUAUGGUUUAGAUUUCUUUCUAAACAACAAGUUUCAACUGCAAUCAGAGGGUAUGUAAAACAUUAGACAGUUUGUUUCUCCCAAAUAAAUUCUUUUAUUUAAUAUUGUAUACAUUAAUAUUUGUACAUAAAUUAUGUAAGGUUAUCAUAAGGUAUUGGCAUUGCACAUAGGUCAUAAUGAAAAUGUAGAAUUAAUUUUUAUAAUGUCACUUUUAAUAAAACCUGCCAAGUAAUAUUAUUCCACUCAGUCAACAGUGAGGAAGUGCAUCAAUGGAGGAUCUU